UCCCUACAGUCCAAGUUGCUUGAGCUAGAGGCUCAACUUCUAGCCAAACUUCUAGAACUAGAGAAGGAGCAAACAACGGCUUCAGGUGAAAGAGACAAGCAGGACAUAGAGAAGGAACUGAGCAUCCUGCAGAAUCGCAUUGCGGAACUGGAACAAGGUUACCCUGGUUAUCAUCCAGAGAACUUCAAGCUUAGCUUUUCAGUACGUACCAACUAUAUGUAUGGACGAAUGAAAAAGACUCUUCCAGAGCUCUAUGCUUUCACUAUAUGCCUGUGGCUAAAAUCCAAGACAACCUCAGGGUCAGGCACUCCUUUCUCUUAUUCUGUCCAUGGUCAACCCAAUGAGAUUGUACUGCUGGAGUGGGGUCACAACCCCAUGGAACUUCUCAUCAAUGAUAAGGUAACUCAACUACCAGUUAGCUUAAAAGAUGGAAUGUGGCAUCAUAUUUGUGUGGCCUGGACUACAAGAGAUGGAAUGUGGACAGCCUUCCAAGAUGGGAAAAAGAAGGGAUCAAAUGAGAACCUGUCUGCCUGGCACCCAAUCAAACCUAAUGGAGUCAUCAUUUUUGGACAAGAACAGGAUGCCGUAGGUGGUCGAUUUGACGCUACCCAGGCAUUUGUAGGAGAAGUGUCACAGUUCAAUAUGUGGGAUCGCGUCCUGACCAACAGUGAAAUAGAAGGAAUCGCAAACUGCACAAUGCCUCUGUCUGGAAACCUCAUCCAUUGGGAUGAUCGCCAAGUGGAUAUUUUUGGCGGUGCAACCAAGAGUCCAUUUGAAAGCUGUGAGGAGCGUUUGGGUCACUGA